GUGUAUAAAUUUCAUAAUUCGAUAAAUUUGUUGUUUGUUUCGACCACUCAGAAACUGCUGACAUCAGCAUUCUUAUACUUAUUAUUAUAACUGAUAAGGGACAAAGUAAAUUUGAUUAUUACAAAUAUAGUUUUCAAUUAGUACGUGGUCACUUUUCGUUCAGAAUAGACGUUCGAAAAAAAUCAACAAAUAAUCGAAGCUAAAUUUCCAUAAAAUGAUAAUCAGUUAUUUAAUUUUGUCUGUGCUGGCAACUUAUGUUGCAUCAGAAAAACUCCCGGGAAGGCUUGCCCUCACAGAUAAAGCAUGUGAGCCCAGCUUCGGAAAAACUGCGUGCCUCAGUACGCAAGAUAAAUGUUUGGGAAACGGCAUCGUUUCAUAUGAAUAUAUUUGUACUGCACCAGGGAAUCAACGUUCCAACAUCAAUUCAUUGACUCCCGUUCCACCAACGGAAGUCACUCCCCGGAAGUUAACCGAAAAGUUAAAUGAUGCCUGCGAACUCGAUGUGGAUUGCCAGGGCCUCAAGUACGCGAGUUGUCAGGGUAUGAAGUGCCAUUGCAAACCAGGUUAUGUUGAAAACAAAGGUACUUGCUUUGCAACACUCAAUGCCCGGUGCACAAAUACACCCGAAUGUAUUGGUAAAUUCGUUGAAUGCAGACACAACUCCUGCGAAUGUAUUCGCAGUCAUUAUCAAGUCGGAAGCAACUGUUAUCAGAAUGCUAAUAAUCCGGGAGAUCAAUGCUACAGCAAUGUCGGGUGUUUUGGAGUCCCUAAGAAAUGGUGCGGCAGUAAUGGUGAUUUCUGUAUUGACGAAUCUGGAAUAGAUUGUGACCGAAGAACUCAUAAAUGCGUUUGUCCUCAAGGAUACGUCGAUGAAAAAACUAAAUGUGUAAAAUAUGCGCGUUAUUAGUUUUAGCAUUCACGUCAAUGUCUACCAUUACAAUUCUGUUGUAACAUUACAUAAAUAAUCAUAAAAAUUGCGAUUACACAACUACACAAAAAAUUUUCAACAUUCGCCAUCUUGACUCUCAAUAUUUUUGUGGAUUGUAAAAAAAUGCUUUACGUUCCAAACCAAAAAUAAGUGAGUUUUUGACACUAAAAGAUUGUUUUGGUCCUUCGAGCCAACUUAUAAAUUCUCAAAAAAGUUCAUAGUUACAUCCCUGGUUAAAAAAGUGGAUUAAAAAAGCACACAUAUUUAAUACUACUUGAUACUCUUCAAUACUCUUAAUUCUCCGGAGAAUUCAGAUCGAACAUAAAAUGAAUCCUUUUUAAUUCUAAAAAAUUUGGAAAAUCCAAAAGUGCACGCCUCGAACGCUCAUGUUAUGUUUUUUUUUAAAAGUGAAAUUUCGAAUAAAAUUGAAUAUCCCGCUCUUUUCCCAUAGAAAUUUCCAUGGUAAAUAUACGGUAAUAAAAGUAAAAAAAAAAAUAAAUAAGGAGAACAUUCCUAAUGAAAAAUGGCGGCAGUGUGUGUUUGUUUACAUGUAAGAUUGCCGGUUUUAACCGUAAUGAUUUAUUUUUAAAAAAACGAGAAGGCCUACAGUAGUGAUUUUCGAAAGGAACCUUCUUUGCUUAUUUCUGAAAAUUUAAAAAAAAAAAUUAAGUAGUUUCGUCAAGUCGUUCUCGAGAUAUCCGUACCACGCCGUUUUUUUGAACCACAGACUAAUGGACGUCCACGAUAAAUUUUUUUUAAUGAACUUUUUUUUAUAUUAAUACAUAUUAGACAAAUUAAAAAAAGUAUCAGGAUUAUUUAUUAGUGUUUCAGCUUUAUAUUGAUGUGUUUUUCAUAAUGUGUAAGAGUAAUAGAAAAAAAAUAUAUGCACUUUAAUGAGUGGAAAUCGUGUGACCUUGACAGGUCGGUUAUAAAGCACAACCUCUCCGCUUCGCUUCCGAGGCGUGCAAUAAUAUUGCAAUUUCUGAUUGCGCGGAGGAUUCGAAAGUAUAAAAGAGGAUUCGAAAAAGUUUAAUUCUAACUAAUUCUUUUUAAUUCUAAAAUAAUGUUGCAAUUUAUGUUCUCGCGGUGGAUUGAAAAGAAUAAAAAAGGAUUCAAAAAGUAUAAUUCUAACUAAUUCUAAAAUAAUAUUCAAUUUCUGUUCUCGCGGAGGAUUCAAGAGAAUAAAAGAGGAUUCGGAAAAAUUUAAUUCUAACUAAUUCUUUUUAAUCCCUAGCG